AUGGGUUGGGGUCUUGACUAUAGUGCCAUCGCCCCGGGCCCACCGGGCACUAGCAUGAUUGGUGAACGCACCAUCGAAGGCGCUGCGCGACGCGGAAUCGAGCGCCAACGGCGUCAGUGGGAAGAGCGACAAGCACUCGAAAAGGAACAGGGGCUAGAGAAGCCGAAUGAUGCGAGAUCCGAGGUGGCAUUGACUCCGGAACAACAAUCGCAGUCUGGGUCCAAACUAGCGACAGGAGACGAUGACCAGUCCCCUGCAUUGACUUCGGAUGCAGAAACAAAUUCAGAUACGCAGGACAAAAAACAGGCAAAGAGAUUAAACUCGGGCAGUCGCAGUGGGGGGAUGAGAGGGAAUUGGGAGCGGUUUCAGCAACGUUUGAAGAGGUGA